AUGUCCCACUUUGAUAGUACUGGAAUUAACAGUAAAUCAUCAAACAAAGCUGACGAGGUAUCAAAUCAGUCUUCGACGCUCAAUGAUCCGUCGUACAUUCCACAAUACGCUCUGUCGCUCACAUUGCCACUAUCGCUAAUUCAAGUUUCAUCAGCUGAUAGCUAUUUUAUUCCAAACACUUCUCAUCACUGCCAAGCCACAAGAUUCACAGAGGAUGAACCCUUUCAACGCGACACCGUUCUAAGGUCAGCACCUACGACCAGCAACGUACUGCUAACUAUGCAUAGGACUAUGCCUAGUUCGCAGGAAACACCUGACAAGUCAGAGGUGGAGGAAGUGGAGUGUAACAUAAAGAUUAGAGAUGCCACGGAAUCUCGAAGAUUAUCCAAGAGAGCUAACGAAGGCACUCACGGUGUUUUCAAGAAGCCAAAGGUGGUCUUGCUUGGCGAAGCCAGUGACAUGCCAUCAACAAGCAAUUUUACUGAAGCAAAUAAUAUAGAAAAGAGGAAUCCUCCGUGUGCGAUAUGCGGCGAUUCAGCGACGGGAAUACACUUUGGAGCAGACUCUUGUGCCGCAUGCUCGGCUUUCUUUCGGCGUACUGUAACUAUGAACCGAAGAUUUGAGUGUGUUGGCAAUUCGCCUUCAAACUGCUCUGUUUCAAAGGGUACGAGUACUUGCAAGAAGUGUCGCUUCGAUAAGUGCCUCUCUGUUGGGAUGGAGAUCAGCAGUGUUCAAUGCAAUCGUGACUCUAUUGGUCACUAUUCAAGGAUGGCAAGAAUGCUACAGAGCAGCAACUCCUGUCCUGGUCGUAGCGAUAAUCUACUCGAUGAUUUGAUGGAUAAGUACAACGCUCUGAAUUAUCGCCGUCAGCUGCUAUAUUCUAUGGAAGACAAUAUCGACAAGAUUUUUCAUAGGAAAGAGCCUGCACUUCGAGAAAUGCAAUCAAUCACGGAAUGUCUCUAUCAAGUGAAACUUCUUGAACCGCGACUUGCUGCCGACUUUGUGCGAUCUCUGCAGUUCGUGAAAGAUGCUCAACUUUCCGUCAAGGAUUUGCUGCUAUUGUACAAAAACUUCAACAUAGCCCGACAGGCAGUAGAAGAACCAUUUCUAACUUAUGAAUGUAAAAUGUUGGAUCGCAAUUGCUGGGUCAUGUUGAACAGAACUUACAUCGAUCUGUCAAACACGCGCAGAUAUUUUGAGAAUGGCACUAUGAAUGAGCUGACACUGAAUCGAAUAACUGCAGAAAACCUUUUUAUUCCGUCACUGCAAAAUGCUAUAGCAAACGUCAGCAUGCGUAUGAAGAAGAGUGAAGUUACGUUCACUGAGUUCAUUGCUAUGUAUGGGAUCGCUCUCUUUGAUUCAGGUGUUGACAGCCUUUCCUGCGAAGCUCGCAAGAAGAUGCUUGUAGCACGAGGUUCUAUUAGUAAAUCACUGCUCAAACACUACGAAGAAUCAGGGCUUACAAAUCCAGAAGUGGAGCUUGGUGCCUUGUAUAUGGAUGUGUACACCUACAGCAAGGUACAUGCGAUUACUACUGCCGAAAACAUGCAUCUACUUGACAUCUUCAACAUAGUGCCAUCGGUUAAAGAAUGUGCAAUGGAUAAGUGCCUUCAGCUGGAUGAUACACAGCAACAGAGCUUAAUAUGA